ACUUACAAGCUUCCCCAACGUUCGGGCAGAACGCUGGUGCUGUAAGAACGUGCAAGAGACCUCGAUAGGCUUUCAUUGCGCACAUCUGCCGGGAAUACUUGCAUGCGCGUUUUGGCAGUCGCAGUUCCGCAACCUCUCCAACUGUUCCGGCCCUGGUUGCUCUCCAGAUUACCCUUGAAACCAUCCCCGCAGUUUCUUUCCACAUCUCGCUGUAGCCAGAAAAGCGGGCGAAGCGGCCCAUAUAUCCAUCAACAACAUUGUCGGCCUUCCUGGCUGCUCUCUCAUCUGGAAAGAGCCGCUCCCACUACUAACCUAUUUAACCCCAGCGCAGUCCCCCUGAUAUUGCUGUUGUUCAUCUCGUUUUGUAAGCGGAAGUUAGUGGAUUGACUGCGCCAUGGUGCGCGUCAUUCCAACUCACAAGAGUGCCCAUGGCUCGUCCAACCUUGAUCGCCCUCGGGCAGCACGCAAGAAGAAACCUUACAAAGUUGUCUUGGAGAUGGUGACGCAAGAAAAGAAGAAAUUCCACUCCAUUAUGGCAUACAGCGCGAACGCACCUCCUGGAUAUACAUUUGUUCCACUCGGGGAUCGCGAGCUCACGGAGUACUGCAAAGAUCAAUGUAGAAAACAAAACUUCGUAGCGCAUAUUGUUUCGGCCAGACCAAAGCCCAAUUCAAAGGGGCAAAACCGUCGCGAUGGAGAUCGGAAUAUCUUACGCAUAGACACUCAGCGCAUUGGACAUCACUUUCCAGAUGAGGUUGUCGACAAAGCCUGCCAGUUUCUUGGCUACGAAUGGAGCCAUAGAGGCGGGUUUCGAAAGAUGCGGACGAAUUAUGAGACCACAGCAUUGGCGCGGAGCCUUCAUGACCAUGGGGAACGCAUGUUUCUCCAUGGCCAACCAGCCACGGAAAAGCAGACUAAAGAUCAAAUCCGGAGCGCCAUUCUCGAAGUGUUUCCGAAAAUCCCAGAGGCAGAUCUGGAGUCAAUUGUCAAUCAUGCUUUUGAAGAGGGCACCAACAGAGUAGGUAACGCCAAGGAACUCACGUUGGCGCGCAGAGUGCAGCUCGCUGUAGGCGCUUUCAUCCGUCACCAGUACACAAACUAUGACAAGGACUUGAAGAACGGCGUCAGUUGGGUUGAAGCUCGACAAAAAUCGCAACCUAUAUCCUACGCUAAACUUAAGGAGUGGCGUGGAGAAGGCGAUGAUCGAGAACUGGAAGAAACCUUCCGCGAGGUGAUUGUCCUUGAUGAUGACGACGACGAAGACAGUGACCUUAGCGACGACACUUCUUUGACCCCGAACGAGCGAGAAGACAGCGUGGAGAUAAUAUCUAGCCGGGCAACAGGUCGUGAACUUGGACCGGACACCUAUCCCGAUAUAUCACGAGGGUAUGAGAGGAUGCCGAGCUCGAACAUCCGUGGCCCUGCUACCACAUAUGCGCCCUCUCCGAACGGCGCCCAUAUGCUUACAGCACAGGCCCCAGCAACAGACCAUAGAGGGGCGUACGAGACUACAAGUCGGUCGACCGCAGCAUUGCGCUCCACAUAUGAGCCUGAAAGGGUCGUGCGAACGGCUCCACCUACCCGGUACUUCCGCGAUAAAGACGGAUGUUUGUACAACGUGAGUUUGCAGGAUGAUAGCAGAGAUAGCUGCAAGAAGCACCCUUUUGUGUACGUCGCUAACGUUUGCAGCUUCAACCGAUUGAGGAUCACGAACCCCGUUCAUUGACGACGCGCCACGAUAUUAUGCCCAGCAUGGCAACUCCGCGGGAUCACGAUGGAUAUGUAUCUGCCCCCUCAAGGCUCAGUUCAGUUGACUGGACUCAGGUGGACAGAGCUGUGCCCACCCGCAGACCGUCGGGAGAUGACGUUGUGCUUCCGUCCGUUGAACGUGAAUCUGGAG